GCAAACAUAUUUUGUCUACAGUUUAUACUUUAUAGACAAAAUGUCAAUGUAAUUUCGGUCGAAACGUCUAUGUUACUAUCAAGUGAGAAUCGGAAAUGACAGCUGACAGUGCAUUAAAUGCCAUAAAGGACAGACAUUUUCAUGCCUAAAUCAGAUUAUUUUUAUUUACAAUGGAAAGACCCAGCGUUGGGUGUGUAGUUUCACUUUUAAUUUGUAAAAUUCGUUUUUAGAGAAUAUUUAUUUUCAUAAACAUUUAAAUUGUAGUGUAGAAUAGUGUAAAUUAUAUAUCUGUCUCUAAUUAAUAAAUUGUUUAGUGUUUCAAACGAUAAGGAAUUUGUUGCUUUCUAAAUUAGUCUUUACACUUUGUUGUUUUUAAUUGUGAGUUGUUUCAAACAUUAAGUGAUUCGAAUAAAAAAACGCGUUUAUUAUUUAAUAAUGUUUUCAAAAAACCGUUUAAGUGAUGAAGUUUUGUGAAGUAUGGAUUUUGUUUGAUACGAAUUUUUAAUCAACAAUGUCAUCACCUUGUCCGAAGAAUGGAAUACGUUUAAACGAAGCCUUAGACAAUAUCCAGCUUGCUUAUAAUCCUAUUACCAAACAGCUACAUUUUGUUAGCCCCAGGGUUGAGAAACCAGUAGCAGACGAGGAAGUAGAUAAAUUAAGUAAAAAAAGUAGCUUCAGUGAUGAAGGAAAUUUCUCAAUAUCAACUUGUGAGAAGAGUGAUACUAGUGAUUCCCCAAAGAGUACUCUUCAAUGGGGUGGAAGUGUAAGUGGACAUAAGCGGAGUAAAGAUGGUGGUUCAUUCUCAAGCACUAUUUCAAGUCUGUCAGAAUGCUCCCUUGGCUCAAGUGGAUCAAAAGAAGAUGAACUACCUGAUUUGACCAAUUCGGAACAUGCUAAAUUGAAGAAAAAAGGACUUUCAGGAUUUUUUAGCAGAGGUGUAUUUCCUUGGAAGAGCAAUCCUACGAAAAAUCAAGAAGCGCCCAGUGGUACUUGGAAGCUGUUUGGCAAAUCGAACAGCCUCUCGAAGAGCGCCGAAGUUCAGAAGACCCUGACUCCCACCGCAUCAGUGAACAACACACCCCAUCACCACAAAAGGCAGGGUAGCUCAACCAGCGAGAAGCAGUUUGAAGAUCUGGUUGCGAGUUCUAUUGCUUUGAUCCAACAUGACAGGCCUUCAAACCUUCCAGCCAAGUGUACAGAAGAGGCGUUACGUCAUAAAGCAGAGCACGCAAGAAUGGUGGAAGCAGCUAGAAGAAAGGUUGAACGAGAAGCCGCGGCUCGCCAUGCAAGGAUACAGGAAUCUCUGCGAUUGGAAGAACGACUGGCAAGACACGCGAAGGAAUGGACACAGAAUAUAUUGCCCGAUUGGAAUAACAUGAAAAAUGCAAAGCGGACACUAGAAUUGUGGUGGAGUGGAUUGCCUCCUUCAAUACGGGGUAAAGUUUGGCAACUGGCAAUAGAGAAUAAAUUGAAGAUCACGCACCUUAUGUACCAAGACCUGGUCUUCCAAGCUAAACAAAAGUUACACGAGGCAAAACUAAAAAGAAAGCGGUUAAAAAUCAACAAAGCAUGCGGUUGUGACGACGACAACACUGAUGAAAGACCAUCCAGCAAAGAUAAACUGCAGAAAGAAGAAAUAACAAAAAAAGAGAUAAAAGGUGAGAAAAUUGAUAUCAAAGAAACAGAAUUAGAUAGUACAGAUGAAAGAAUAGGAUGCGAAGAAAGGUUAUCCAAUAGGGAUAAAUUUGUAGCUAAAUGCGAGACACCGCGUCUGGGAAUGCCCAGAAACUUCAGUGAGCAGAACUUAAAGAGUUUGAACUCUGAGAGUGAGAGGAAGAACAAAUCAAACCCGAAUUUAGUAGAAUACAGUGAUGAGUGUUCAAUGGAGUUGAUACAACUGGAUAUAGCAAGGACGUUCCCCCAUUUGUGUAUUUUUCAACCGGGUGGGCCGUAUUUUGAUGUCUUGCACGAAUUGUUGGCUGCUUAUGUGUGUUAUCGACCGGAUAUUGGUUAUAUACAGGGUAUGUCGUUUAUAGCGGCAGUGUUAAUAUUGAACAUGGAGGCACCACAGGCUUUCAUAUGUUUUGCUAAUUUAUUAGACGGUCCUGUACUAAGAGCAGCUUUUACUAGGGACGGGGCUAUGAUGCAGCGUCUAUGGAAGGCGUAUACAGCCCUCCUCGAAUACAACGUCCCAUCUGUAGCGAACGUGGUCGCUCCGGAGCUGUACUUGUUGGAGUGGUUGUACACGGCCUUUGCGAAGGCGAUGCCUCUGGAUGCCGCUUGCCGUGUGUGGGACGUGUUCCUAAGGGAUGGGGAUACUUUCCUCUUCAACACGGCUUUAGGCAUUCUACAUUUAUACCAAGAAGAGCUCAAAGAGAUGGACUUCAUAUCGGCAGCGCAGUUCCUCACCAAACUGCCGGAAGAUCUGGACCCCGAAGCCCUCUUCAGAAGCAUCUCCUCGGUGUCCAUGUCACUGGACGGGAUGUCCUUCGAGGAACUGGUCUCCUGCUGUCAGCUAGAGCAGACCCUGGAUGAUGAUGUGACGGUCAGGUUAUGAUGUUUUUGGGUUUUGUCUAAAAAUCUGUCAAAUUAAAUGUCUUCCAGUUUCAAUUUUCAUAGAAAUUGAAUUUAAUACUGCGGAGGAAUUAUGUGGUCUAAGGGUGAAAAUUCAGUCUGAUCUAAUGUAAAGGUAUAUUCACACUAUUGAAGUAUCAGUCUUAAACGGCUGAAUCGAUUUUGAUAAAACUUAGUAAGAUUGUACAGUCCUAAAGUUCAUAGACAAAAUAAAUAGACGAAAAUACUACGAUUAUGCGUUGAGAAAUUGUAAAAUUUGAAUAGCUUUAUGUAUUGACUUGUGUAUAAUAAAAAUGUCUAUGGUAAAUUUUUGUGUGUUGAAACAUAUCAAUAAGGUCUGUGCGUCAAAAUCGUGGCGAAGCGCAAACCGUGUUGUUUAUUAAAAACAUAAUGGAUUUGUCAAAUAUUUAUAGUCGACGCAAUUUGAACUGAGUCAUAAAUCAUAUUUAUCUGCUGUCUCGCUCCCACUUACAGGUCUUACGAAGAGGUGUAGUUGUGUGCGUAAUCGAUAACGAGAUAAGUACGAUCUACAUACUAAAUUAUGUACAUACUAAGUUACUGAAAAGGAAUGAUUUUUCAGAAAAGGUUUUUUAUUUGUGUCAGAAUUUAAUUUCAUUUAAACGUUAUAAAAUUCUCCAUUGUGCGUAUUUCGUAACGAAACGUAAGUAAUGAAAUGAGUGUCAUAACAAAAAAUCUCAUAUUUAUAGAAAAACAACAACUCUUACUCGUAACUACCAAUCAGGAGUCAGAGUGCGUCCACAGAUAGCUAAGUAUAGAUAACUGGUUGCAUUACGUGUACAGUGACAUUUGUUGCCCAAUGACUCAGUUCAAAAUGUCGGCAAUAACCUUUAAAUUUCUUCUUCGCUCUCUCUUUCUUCUAAAACAUAUUAUUUGGCUUUAUUAGAUUUUCUAUAAAUAACACGGUUAAUCUAAAGAAUGUACUUGGACUCAAAAAUCUUUAAUGAUUACUAUAAAUCUAAGGUAGCUGUUAUGUUCAUUUCACUUUGUCAUGUAUUAAACGUGAAAAUAUUAUUAAACUAAUCGAAAUACGUACGUACACGUAUUCGUGUUUUACGUACACUUUCGAUUUUUAAUUAGAUUAGCAUAUCGAGCCCAGUCUACUAACUUACAUGACAAACAAACGAACUUAAAAAUUUUCAUAAGCAAAUAUUAUGUAUGAAUAUGUUUUGUUUAUUAUAAUAUUAAUUUUGUUUCGUUGCGCUCAAAACAUCAUGCAUCAAAACUAUAGUUUGAAAUAAAAAUUUAAUGAAUUUGGUAAUUUUUAGAAACUAAAUAUAUCUAAUUUCAAUACUUAAUGUAAAUUUUUAUCUGUGUCAAAUUGCGUUUACGCUGACAUCAAAAGAUACUGAUUUAUGUUUACAUGACUAAAUUAUAGGCUAUGGUAUAAAACUAUAGACUGUAGUUAUAAUUGUCAAAAGCGCGUGUUAAAUAUAAGUUUUUUUGGGUCCAAGUACGCUUCAAGGCAGUGAUUUAAAUCUGUAUCGUACCUGCACUAUUAUACUCGUCCAUAAAUAAUUGUACAUAUGUAAAUAUAAUCGAUAUAUAAUUAAUUUAAGAUAACGCAACGAGUAGUAUACCGGCCUAAUAAUUAAUCUUCGACUUCUUAAAUAACGUUUUUGUCUUUAUCAUUUUGCAUAUGAAUGAUAGAGACAAAAUAUUUAAGGUUAUUAUUAAGUAGAAUAAAUCUAAGGAUUAAGCAAAUUGGUAUUUAACAUGAUCUAUACUCGUUUUAAUUGAAACAGAAAUAACAAUCAUCACUUAUAAAAAUACACAUUAUAAAAAUGGUCAAGUGACUAUCACCAAUCUAGUGAUAUAUUUCAUUGUUUACAACAUUAUUAAAGUGAUUCAGUAUAGGUUCUAGUUAUUUAGCUUUAAUAUUAAUUUUCUUGCCACGAAUAUUAAAAUAUAAAGCACUCUUUAUAUUUGGCACUUUGUUGAGUUUUCUUAAAGAUUAUUUACUUUCGUGGCACGUUGGCAAGUCCGAUAAGGUAAAACGAUUGAAUGAAAUAUUGUUCUCAUAGAUAAAAAAUAUAGAGUCGUAUUAGAAAUGUAUCGCUGGAAUUGUCAAAUGUCAGAAUCCAUAGUUUAAACUUGACAGCUGAUGUUUGUCUAUUGCACGAUUGCGCGCGUUGAUUCUGUGAGAACAAUAGAGAAGAUAUAAUAAAUAUUGUAUUACGUUUUAUAAUAAUUAUUAUAGUGAUUGAUGUAUAUUAUUAAUGUCUAAUUGUCUAAACAGUUGUGAUGUGGACUGAUAUUAUUUAUUAAAUGCCAUCUCAAGUUUUAAAUCUUAGUGUAAGGUUGCCCCAAGGCGUUAAUUAUGAAAUAAAUAAAUCGAAUUUA